AUGGCCGUCAGUUUGUAUGACGUGGCGGGUAAGAGAGACGAGACAAUGCAGUGGGAUGAUCUUCUACGACGAGCUGCGAGGGAACACUACGGGAUUCGGGGGCGACCCAUGCUGAACUCCCCUAUCACGCUCAACUCCAAGGCUGCUUUCUUUAAGCGUGUCUUCUCAAGUGCAAGAAGUAUAGAUGAGAAAGAACCCAAGGAAAUCAGUGCAAACCCCGUUGACGUCAACGAGAAAGUCUAUACCAACGCUGGUGGUGACGAGGACGAAACGACCGUCAUAAUCGUAAACAAACAGGAGAACACAGAAGGCCGACGCUACAGUGAAACAACGACGAAGGGAAUAAAAUGGGGUGUGGACGCAAACGUUGGUCUGCAGUUUGGGCUUCCUCAAGUGGGAGUCGGAUUUAAAGGCAAGAUUGGAGGAAACUAUGAGCGCUCAAGGGUUCUACUCGGUAACUCAGGAGAAAACCCUGCAGCAGAAAAACCAGCAGCAGUCGCAUCACGAGGAAACAUUGUCGAUUCCACCAGGAAAGAAAGCCACUCUCCGAAUGACUGCAUAUAG